UUCCCACUAACCUGUGCGUGUUUUUUGACCAGGCCUAUAACCAUGAAGCACUUUGUGUUGUUGUCGCUGCUGUUGGCGUUGGGAUGCGUCCGCGCUGCACCGGUGGAGACUGUUGGCAUCGAGGAAGGAUCGUGUGAAGACGCGUCUGCGAAGGGGGCUGCAGGACUCGCCAUCACUAAGAUCAACCAGGACCGGCAGGAGGGCUACAUCUUCGCUCUGCACCGCCUGUCCAACGUGCAUAUGACCAAACAUGGAGAGACCGGCGUGGUUUUCUACCUGACUCUGGAUGUUGUGGAGACCAACUGCAGUGUUCUGAGCAGGAGCGACUGGAAGUCCUGUGAGGCUCGCCCCGACGAGGACACACCGGUGUAUGGACAUUGCAAGGUUGCCAUCUUCAUCAGCAAGGUGCACAGGGUGGUGCGCCUCUACAAAUACCAGUGUGUCGUCAGACCAGUUCCUUCAGCUCGCGUGACAGAGCUAUGUCCUGACUGUCCUACUCCUACGGACAUGGAAGAUGCUGAGAUUAAGAAGACUGUGUCUCUUUCGCUGGAGAAGUUCAACAACAUGAGCGGGCUGUCCAAUCGCUUCGCUCUGCUCAAAAUCAACCGUGCUAAUGCCGGGAUGGCCAUGUCGAUGUAUUACAAUGCAGACUACACCAUCCAGGAGACCACCUGCCCCAGGAGCUCUGCAGCAUCUGAUGACUGCCCCCUCAUGGAUUGCGAGUUCGCUCACAAAGGACACUGUAAGGCCAGCCUCUUUUAUUCUCCCACUGGGGAAGCUUUGCCAAGUGCAGAUUGUGAGAUCUAUGAGCCAGAGGCUGCUGACAGAGAGAAGAAACACCACCAUCUGGGCGGAGAGACCGACCACAGCCACACAGACAAACAUCCACACAGCCACGACCAUGACCACGCACACGCCGUCGACGACGCACACACACACGACCACGCUCACGACCACACCAAGAGCCACGACAAUCACGACAAAACCAAGCAGCACGCAGACAACAGCGACCACCACCACACGCACGACCACGAACACGACCACGGCGGCCACAGGCACGCUCACGCCCACUCCCACGACCACGGGCACGGCCACGAUCACGUGCACACUCACCACAGCAAGGCUCACAACCAUAGCGACGAUGUGCCCAACCAGCACCACAACUACAAGCACGCCGACAGCGAGCACACCCACGAGCACGACCACGAGGUGGCUCUGGAUCACGACCACAAGCACCCCCACCUGCACGAGCACGAGCACCACCACCAUCACCACGAACACGAGCACGAGAAUGCAUCCCACGACCACCCAGAGGGCAUGGUGAAGAUGAUUCCCGCAGUGGACCAGCCCAUGAUCCUGCCUAUUUUCCCCGAAGUCCCCCCUGGUGAGGUGGGAGUCACCCUGAACCUCAAGCCCGACCCCCAGAUCCCCGGACAAUCAGAGCCCACCAUCGAGGCCUACCCCACCGCAUUCUCGGCUCAGUGCGUCCCUGCAGCAGCUGGAACAACCCUGGCGGAGAAACUCUUCGCUGAGGACCCCCAGUUCAAGAGAUCCGCAUAAGUCGGCCCAUUCAUAAUUAGUCGCUGUUUAACCAAACCGGUAAACAUAACAUUAUACUGAUAUCAGUGUUUGGCUGCACAACAUAAUAAAUGCUUCCACAAAUAACCA